AUGAGUUCUACAUUCUUUCGUCGACCUGGCGAUGACAGUUCAAGUUCUAGCUCUGGCUCGGAACCAGAUGUAUCUAAUGACAUUGAACACUCCGAUGGACAACACGUUGACUCUAUCACAGAGGAAACAGAGACCGCCACUACUGAGUCGCUAUCGAGUCAUGGGAGUAUAUCAGUAGGGGACACAGUCGAUCCAACGUUGAACGUCGCAAAUGUUGAACUUCAUCGAGCGAAUCUGCUCAAUGCUCUUCUCGAAGACUUUGCCAAAAACCGGGCUUGCGAAAUAUUAAAUGCAGCAAAGCCUGGUGCCGACCUCAACAGAUCGUCGCCUGAAGUCCAACAUUUGGCCGGCAGGCUAUACGACCAAGUCAGCCAGUCCUUGGCUCAAACCGGCGUGCUACCUACGACCACUUCACAUGAUAUCCAUGGAGAUAAGCAACUUCGAGCAACGUAUAUAAACGGUCUGGAGAGCAUCGCGGUGAGUGGUCUACAGAACAACCACAUUCCCGGAACACGACCUUCGCUUUCCACUCCUGAACAGCACCUUGCAGUUGCUCGGAUGAACAAUGAAGAAAACGAUCCCAUCUCACAUUUACUUCAGCAGCCGUUAGCCCACCUCUCGCUCCGGGAUAAUCAUAUGCCAAAUCCAUACUCGGAUUUGAUCCUGUCGUCUGCGCCUACCAAUCCCCGCAGUCAUUAUGAAUCGAGUUUUCAGCAGCUGAGUUUGCUCGGAAAAGGAGGGUUUGGGAAGGUCUACCACACAUUCAACAUUUUUGACAAGAAGGAAUAUGCUGUCAAAAAGAUCCCUCUUAGCCCGCGCCUGUCACAGCGCUACAAAGAGUCUGGACACAAGGAACUCGAGCAUGUUUUACGGGAAGUUCAAGCCCUAGCACAGCUUGAACACAACAAUGUCGUCCGAUAUCAUGCUACGUGGAUUGAAGAACCCAAGCGACCGCGAGAUUCCGUGUACCACUCCGCCGAACCAAACCUCACCGCUCCAGGCAGGAGGCUCAUUGCUGAUGGGCGUGCCCCGAUCCCCAAACCUCGACCGUCUCACAUACUGCCUGCGAUACGGGACUACAGCGACGGCAUAAUCUUCGGCCUGGACAGCGUCUCCCAUGAUCCUCUGCAUCAUGCUCAACAUGACGCGGAUUCGGUAUGUUCAGCACGACCUUCGGAAAUCUUCACAGACGGUCACGCUCAGCCAAAUGCACAAUAUGACGUGGUUAUGGACGAUUCUGUCUAUGUCCUCCAUGUACAAAUGUCAGUGUACCCUAUGACACUGGCACAGUACCUAGCACCUCCGCCUGCGAAUGCUAGAAGCGCGCCGAGCCAGCCCUUGCGGCGGCACUGCUUCCAUCUCAUACCUACAUUACGCAUAUUGAUGGGAAUCCUCUGCGGCUUGCAGUAUAUCCAUGCCAUGGGACUAGUCCAUCGUGACAUCAAACCCAGCAACAUCUUCAUUUCCAGUCUAAGCUUAUCAGCUGGCGGCGAAGCCUCGGAAGGAUACUACGAUGUAGGAGACUGCGUCGCAUGUCCCAAUUCGGAUCCGUAUCAUGUCAAUCCGCGUAUUGGCGAUUUUGGACUCGUCGCUGAAUUAGCCAGAGAUGGCGGGAUCGACAGUGAUACCGUUGGUACUAUUACUGGCAAAGCCGUUGGAACAGAAUUCUAUCGACCACCUCAAUGGACGGACACAAAAGGAAAACGGCGAUCGUCUUCGAUCGAUGAGAAACUCGAUGUAUUUGCCUUGGGAGUUGUCUUGGUGGAGAUGUUGUGGUACUGCACAACCAAAAGUGAACGCUUAAUUGUUCUUGGAGACCUUCAGAGAGGGAAAGUGCCUGCAGGACUAGUAGAAAAGAUCGACAAUGAAGGGCACGUACCGCGUGCUGGAAAUUCAGUCUGUCAAUGCAUCUCAGGAAUGAUUGACCCGGAUCCGCAGCAGAGAUGGAGCUGUGCAGAGGUCAAAGAAUGGAUUGAAAAGAUACUGGAGAAUUGCACCGUCGAAAACACCGAUUCGGGACAGGUGAUGAGCUUGGGCGAAGUCGAAGAACAGUCUGAGCCAGCCACAUGA